AAUCGAUGACAUCUGUAUUCGAGGCGUUGAUAAUAUAAAACGCUUUGAUGAGCCUGACGAUUUCUCAUGCACGCCCAGUUUACGUGUCGAACAGCGUCCGAGUUGGAUGCAAGCGUUUCGCGAUCUGUGGGCGAUUUAAAUCUGCAGAAACGCAGGCGAUAAACUUUUUACCUAAGAAGGAUAGAAGAGUUUCGACACAGACGAUUUAUUCCUUACGAAGACAGCAGAGAUUCAGGCGAAAAUGGCGCCUACGACGCCUCCGCCGACAUUCCUCCUUGGUGUGCUAAUCAUUCUCGUCUCCGCUCAAAUAGGAAGUGGGACCUUGCUUUCCAUAACUGGUGACGGUGAAGGCGAGUGUGAAAGGACUGUGACACAAGCUCCUAUCUGGAAAUGGAAAGUUAUGAUUGUUGCCGAAGUGCAUUCGACCGACCAAAAUGUACAAAGACUGCCAAACGGAAACUACAACGUCACAAGAUGGAUCGCUGAGGAUCAGCCAUCGAUAACGGUAACAGAGUGCUGUGCUGGAUACGUCCAGGAAGGACCAACAUGUGAACCUGUUUGCAAGCCAGCUUGUGUCAACGGAGACUGUGUUGAACCUAACUUUUGCAGUUGCUAUCCAGGAUGGACUGGGGUGAAUUGUGAUAUUAAGGAAGCAACAAAGUCAAGUCAGCCUCAUGGUACUUGCCGGUACUAUGCGGGGCAUGUGACAACGUUCGACCAAGUUAGUUACAAUUUUGAAUUCCCCUGCGAGUUCAAAUUUGUCGAAACAGGGGCGUACGCAAUCAGAAUAGAUACAAGGAAUGGUCUUUCUGUGUCAAUUGAAAAUGACGAUACCAUAUUGGAGUUUUUUAACAGCAACGAUCUCUACAUUAAUCAUUUGCCUCGCAAAAUUCCUACUGAGAUUUCAGGGUUUGGUAAAGUUAUGAGAUCUGGGAUAUACAUCAUUUUUGAUGUAGUGGAUGGUAUGAGAUUGAUGUACGCUGAAAACUCAGUAAUGGUUCACCUACCAAUCACAGAUCAGACAGAGACGUUUGAUCCCACCAUGACAGGUCUUUGCGGUAACUACGACGGUGUGACAGAGAAUGAUUUUGAUUUACCAGGCCAAGUCCAGCACCUAGAAAAAUUAGAGGACAGAAUGGUUGAGUUCGUCUAUGGCAUGCAGACAGCUGAAUGUCCUGAAUUACCCCAGAGUAUCAUAGCACAUCCAUGUAACGGAUUGGACGGUACAACUUUGCAGAAGUAUUCCAGUACUUGUCAUGAUAUACAGAAGUUGAGCACCACCUGCCUGGACUAUGUCGAUUUCGAGCUCCACUUCACACGCUGUUUGCAUGAGAUGUGCUCAUGUGCGGUUGAAAAACUUUCAAACCCCCAAAGCGUGGCAAAUUGGCAAGAUGAAAUAAAUAAUUGUCAACCCUGUGGUACUUUUCGGGACUUUGCAUCCAAAUGUAGCGAACACAACAUCACCUUUAAUCCUUGGAGAAAUGAAACUUUUUGUCCGCAUAAUUGCCAAACAGGCAUGGAGUACGAAGACUGUGGCUCAUCUUGCCCAACUGAAUGCUCUAAUCUGGAAGUGAAUACUGAAUGUCACGGCUACUGCGUACCAGGUUGUUUCUGCCCUCUUAAUACGUACUGGGAUGGUGAGGAUUGUGUGAGUCGUCAGCAAUGUAUGUGUACUUGGAGAGAUUCUCCCAUGCCAGUAGGAGCUGUUCUGAAAACACCUUGCACGGAAUGUAUUUGCGUCAGUGCAAGUUGGGAGUGCCUGGAUGUGAGCUGCCCAUCCGAAUGCAAAAUCUAUGGUGGUUCUUUCUAUCAAACAUUUGAUGGAAAGGAAUUCAACAUUUACACCAAGUGCAAGUACACCCUGAUAAAUGUGGAACAGAAUCACCUCACACCAGCGUUCGAGGUCACCAUUGAUACCACAGAGUGUGCGUCGAAGAAGCCAUCGGACUGUCUCCGCGCAGUUGUUCUUGACAUCUAUCAUGACGCAGCAGAUCCGUAUUCCAUAACUAUUUCCAAAAACUUUACUCAGUACACAUACAACUACAAGGAGGGUGUAUACAUUCAUAACAUGGCCGGGUCAAUUCAUCUGUCUACUUUUUUCGGAAUGGAGAUAGAGUUCAACCCGGAAACAUCCAGUGUGUAUAUAAGGCUUCCUUCAGAUAUCGGAAUAGAGACUAUGGGUUUAUGUGGUACUCUCAAUGGAUCUCCAAAGGACGAUUUCAGAUGGAUGCGAAACAACGAAGAAACAGUGGCCGCUGAGUUCGCCCGUUUAGUUUCUGCCCCAUCCCAAGAAGCUCUCUGUGGAGAGAACGAUAGGAUGCCGGUGUUAGAUUCUUGCUCCACACACCAGAUGUACUCCACUUUGGCCACACAAACCUGUAACGCACUGCGGAACUACCCCUUCACCGCCUGCCACCAGGACGUGGACGUUGAGAUCUACGUCAAGAAAUGCAAGGAGGAUGUCUGCUCUUGCCUCGGUGAGGGCGCAUCAGAAGAUUGCCUGUGUGACUCACUGGGUCGGUAUGCCAGGGCCUGUUCCCGUUAUGAUGUCCUGCUUGACUCUUGGAGAGCUGAUGUUGAAAAGUGUACCGCAAGAGAAUGUACUGUGCCACUGCAGAAGUUCAGCGAGUCCGGUGACAGAUGUCAUAUGUCUUGCGCUGACAUUCGAAAUGAGAAUACUUGCUCUGAUGGAUAUGUAGCAGGCUGCUUCUGCCCAGAUAAUAUGGUAUUCGACGAGCGUACACAGGCUUGUGUAUUCCCAUCCCAAUGUCCUUGUGUGUAUCACAUAGUCAACCAGCGUUAUUAUGAUUCGGGCAAGUCGAGAUUGACCGAGUGUGGCGAAAUCCAUUGUAAUGCAGGUAUAUGGGACCGAAGUGAACUUAAUUGCUCAGUGCCGGUGUGUCCUAGUGAUAAACAGUGGUCGGAGUGUGCUGUGCUGAAGACUUGUGAACUUCUGAAUCCAGUGCGUAGUGUGGAGCUGUGUGAGGGAGGCUGCGUAUGUCCAGAUGGUAUGGCCGACUUCUUGGGUAAAUGCAUUCCGACGGAGGAAUGUCCCUGCUACCACCACGGCAAGAAAUUUGAACAUAAUGAGAAAACAAAAAUGGACUGCAAUGAAUGCACAUGUGAACCUAACGGAUGGAACUGCGAGAAAAAUGAUUGCCCAGGAACCUGUACGGCCUAUGGGGAUCCUCACUACAAAACAUUCGAUGGGAAAGAAUAUGCCUUCAUGGGUGACUGUAGCUACAUCCUAGCGAGAGACACAUGCCAGGCCAACGAGACAGGGACCUUCCAAAUCACAGUGGAAAAUGAGGAAUGUGGAGAACCUGGUUAUUCAUGUACCAAGCUCAUUAACAUGACCAUAAAAAAUCGUGCCACCGUGACCUUGAUCCGCGGAAGCGAGCCUAUUUUCACACCGGCGAGCAUGGAGAGGAAGUUCUGGCAUCAAAAAAUUGGAAUGUACUACUUUGUGACAUGGGCAGGUGUUAAAAAGAGAUACGUCCAACUUCGAUGGGAUAUGGCUAUGAGUAUAUACGUGACUGUUCACCCGUAUUACAGAGAAAAGCUAUGUGGAUUGUGUGGUAACUUUGACGGCAACAGCGAAAAUGAUUUCCUCAUGCCUAGGGGGAAUAUGGUGGAGACCAGCCCAGUUUCAUUUGCCGAAAGUUGGAAAAUCACUGCAUCUUGUCCGGUUACAACACACGCCGAAGAUUCUUGUGAAUCAAACCCCGACCGGAGGCUCUGGUCGGAGUAUUCAUGUGCCAUAAUUAAGCAGUCCCUGUUUAAGCCUUGCCACACAUAUGUUGAUCCUCAAAGUUACUACGAUAAUUGCGUCGUGGACAGUUGUGCUUGCAAUCGAGGAGGAGAUUGUGAAUGCCUGUGUACAGCCAUCACUGCCUAUGCAAAAGAGUGCAGUGAUAAAUCGAUAUCUAUCCCUUGGAGAGCCACCGAAACCUGCGGUCUCCAGUGCUUUGGUGGGACCAUAUACACAGCAUGCGGAAAUAAAUGUGCGGAUCGGUGCUGGAUUGAAGACGAGACAGACCCCCCUUCUGGCUGUAACGAUACAUGUAUUGAAGGAUGUUUCUGCCCUGAAGGAUUGGUUAUGUCAAACGAUGAACAGUGUGUACUGCCAUCAGACUGCCCAUGUAUUGUUGAUGGAAAGAGGAUGGAAGCUGGAAAUUACUUCAUGAGGAACUGCCAAACAUGCUCUUGCGAUUCACAUGGGUACUUCACCUGUACUGGCCUUACAUGUUCAGAGAUGACAUCUACACCAGAACCACCUGUACACCCGUGCAACUGUAGGGAUGGCUAUGUGCCGUGUGGCGGCUGUGUCGAAUGUGUCCCUGAGCCAACCUGGUGCGAUGGUAUAGAAGACUGCCCUGAUGGGAGUGAUGAGCGGAGCUGCGAUUGUGAGUACGGAGAUGACCACACAAGGUAUCAGAAUGGAGAGUCCUGGAAUGGAACCCUACCUUGCGUGACAUGCUUCUGUGAGCAAGGGGAUGUCGGUUGCCGAAAGGAGUGUAAUAUUGAAUGCAGUGAGGGUACGGUACUGCUGCAUAAUGACAUUGUUGAGUCAUGCUGCGAUUGUGUUGCUGUUAUUGGAACCGAGUCAACAGAGCAGCCUUGUUCGAUGGCCCGAAUUCCAGUUGAAUCCCCGUGUGAAUCUUGUAUACUGGAGGAAGGUAUUUAUUACAAGACAUGUACCACGAACCCAGGAGACUGCCCAAAGGGUGAGAUGCUAGUCCAUAGUGAUGAUCACUGCUGCCAAUGUCUCCCUCCAUCUGAAACAACUACGACAGUUUCGAGUACUGCAGAAUGCCGUGAUCCAUUUGUUCAUGGACACCCCACGUGCUGUCCCUACCUCGACGUUGAGUGUACAAUUGAUGAAGCAAUAACAGGAUCACCUACAUGCAAUGCUUGCAGAAGUCCUCGCAUUUUCAAUGGCACUCAUUGUGUCUUUGAAGGAGAGUGCCCAUGCAAGGAUCAGACCAACAGACUCAGAGAACCCUUUGAGAGCUGGCAGCACCCGACUGAACCUUGUAUGUCAUGUAUGUGCUUCAAUGGAUACACAGAGUGCAGAGACAAUAGCAACUCUACCUGUGAGCCUUUAUUAUGUGCAGUGGAACAACAAGUGAGACUGCCUGGAAAAUGUUGUGCCCAUUGUGAAGAGUGUUAUGAUGAGCUGGAGAGGACAAUUAAGACCCUCAACAAUAUGUUUUACAUCGUGGUCUUGAAACAGCCAUCCAAUGUGACUGCAAUUGAGAUUACUUCUGCAGUUAGAGUCAUUACGAUACUUACAGUUAAGGUGUCGGGGACAGAUGUAACGGACAGGAUAGCAACCGAAGCAGUCUUGGACCAGCAAACGAGUGGACAAUCUACUGGAGUUGUCUUAGAAUUACAAGAAGGACACCCCAAUCAGAUCAUCUUCUACACACCACUUGAAAAUGUUGAUGUAAUUGAAUUAACCUUCUCGGAUGCAAUGAAUUUCACGUCGUCGAUUAUAUAUGGGUGCAGUGAAGAACCUUCAACAACACCAAUGGACACUGGCGAUACAGUUACAGAAACUAACCCAACAAGACCUAGACCAUCUGAAACAGUUCCAACAACUACAACAGCAGCUCCAGAAACAACCACUCCAUCGACAACACCUGUGACCACAACAUCUUCCACUACAACAGUGACAACAACACCAGGUGUUUGUGAGGAGGACUUGGAUAAUUUGAAUGUUAGCAUCAUCCUUACUGCUGAGGGGAGUGAUCAGAGUACCAACAGAACUAUCACACUGGUGUCUGGAGUCAAAAAAUUCAAUGUUGAGCUCUCUAUCCCAGGGUACAUGACAAUAGUGAAUGCACUGAUGCUGAGUUUAUUUGAGGCUGGAGGACAAACCACCCCACUAGAGAGGGUUCGCAUCUCAAAUAUUAGGGAUAGUCCAAGCGGCGGAGAUAAUAAUGAAUAUGAUGUGAGCUCCACUCCUCCUGGAAUGUUCAGAGUUAAUGAUACAUUUAAUAAUGAACCUGUUGAGUCUUUUGACAUUGAAGUACUGGACGAGACUAGCAUGCCUUUAACUAUUGAAGUCCGAGUCAGAGGAUGUAUUGAACAAGUUCCAACUACAACGGCAGCUCCAGAAACAACCACCCAAUCAACAACACCUGUUCCACCAACAACAACGGAAGCUCCAGAAACAACCACAGCUCCAGAAACAACCACACCAUCAACAACAUCUGUGACCACAACAUCUUCCACUACAGCAGUGACAACAACACCAGGUGUUUGUGAGGAGGACUUGGAUAGGUUGAAUGUUAGCAUCAUCCUUAUUGCUGAGGGGAAUAAUCAGAGUACCGAUGAAACUAUCACACUGGUGUCUGGAGUCAAUAAAUUCAAUAUUGAGCUCUCUAUCCCAGGGUACAUGACGAUAGUGAAUGCGCUGAGUUUAUUUGAGGCUGGAGGACAAAACACCCCUCUAGAGAGGGUUCGCAUCUCAAAUAUUAGGCCUAGUCCAAGCGGCGGAGAUACUAAUGAAUAUGAUGUUUAUAGCUCCACUCCUCCUGGAAUGUUUAGAGUUAAUGAUACAUUUGGUAAUGCACCUGUUGAAUCUUUUGACAUUGAAGUACUGGAUGAGACUAGCAGGCCCUUAACUAUUGAAGUCCAAGUCAGAGGAUGUGUUGAACAAGUUCCAACAACUACAACGGCAGCUCCAGAAACAACCACCCAAUCGACAACACCUGUUCCACCAACAACAACGGAAGCUCCAGAAACAACCACACCAUCAACAACAUCUGUGACCACAACAUCUUCCACUACAACAGUGACAACAACACCAGGUGUUUGUGAGGAGGACUUGGAUAAGUUGAAUGUUAGCAUCAUCCUUAUUGCUGAGGGGAAUAAUCAGAGUACCGAUGGAACUAUCACACUGGUGUCUGGAGUCAAUAAAUUCAAUAUUGAGCUCUCUAUCCCAGGGUACAUGACGAUAGUGAAUGCGCUGAGUUUAUUUGAGGCUGGAGGACAAAACACCCCUGUAGAGAGGGUUCGCAUCUCAAAUAUUAGGCCUAGUCCAAGCGGCGGAGAUACUAAUGAAUAUGAUGUUUAUAGCUCCACUCCUCCUGGAAUGUUUAGAGUUAAUGAUACAUUUGGUAAUGCACCUGUUGAAUCUUUUGACAUUGAAGUACUGGAUGAGACUAGCAGGCCCUUAACUAUUGAAGUCCAAGUCAGAGGAUGUGUUGAACAAGUUCCAACAACUACAACAGCAGCUCCAGAAACAACCACCCAAUCAACAACACCUGUUCCACCAACAACAACGGCAGCUCCAGAAACAACCACACCAUCAACAACAUCUGUGACCACAACAUCUUCCACUACAACAGUGACAACAACACCAGGUGUUUGUGAGGAGGACUUGGAUAAGUUGAAUGUUAGCAUCAUCCUUAUUGCUGAGGGGAAUAAUCAGAGUACCGAUGAAACUAUCACACUGGUGUCUGGAGUCAAUAAAUUCAGCAUUGAGCUCUCUAUCCCAGGGUACAUGACGAUAGUGAAUGCGCUGAGUUUAUUUGAGGCUGGAGGACAAAACACCCCUCUAGAGAGGGUUCGCAUCUCAAAUAUUAGGCCUAGUCCAAGCGGCGGAGAUACUAAUGAAUAUGAUGUUUAUAGCUCCACUCCUCCUGGAAUGUUUAGAGUUAAUGAUACAUUUGGUAAUGCACCUGUUGAAUCUUUUGACAUUGAAGUACUGGAUGAGACUAGCAGGCCCUUAACUAUUGAAGUCCAAGUCAGAGGAUGUGUUGAACAAGUUCCAACAACUACAACGGCAGCUCCAGAAACAACCACCCAAUCGACAACACCUGUUCCACCAACAACAACGGCAGCUCCAGAAACAACCACACCAUCAACAACAUCUGUGACCACAACAUCUACCACUACAACAGUGACAACAACACCAGGUGUUUGUGAGGAGGACUUGGAUAAUUUGAAUGUUAGCAUCAUCCUUACUGCUGAGCGGAGUAAUCAGAGUACCGAUGAAACUAUCACACUGGUGUCUGGAGUCAAUAAAUUCAAUAUUGAGCUCUCUAUCCCAGGGUACAUGACGAUAGUGAAUGCGCUGAGUUUAUUUGAGGCUGGAGGACAAACCACCCCACUAGAGAGGGUUCGCAUCUCAAAUAUUAUGCAUAUACCAAGCGGCGGAGAUACUAUUGAAUAUGAUGUUAGCUCCACUCCUCCUGGCAUGUUUAGAGUUCUUGAUACAUUUGAAAAUGGACCUGUUGAAUCUUUUGACAUUGAAGUAUUGGAUGAGACUAGCAGGCCCUUAACUAUUAGAGUCCAAGUCAGAGGAUGUAUUGAACAAGUUCCACCAACUACAACGGCAGCGCCAGAAACAACCACACCAUCAACAACAUCUGGAACUACAACACCAUAUGUUUGCUAUGAUGACAUCACCUCUACAACUUAUCAAGUUGGACAGAUUGUGCUGAGACCAUGCGAAACGUGUAGCUGUGUACAGGAUAUGGGACUUAUGUGCUCCCAAACCAGUUGCAACCUCCAGUCGAGUGAUUGCCAAGAGGGCCAAAUAGUGGCUGAAACUGCAGACAACUGUUGUGAAUGCCGUGACAUGACUACUACCAUGACAACAACACCUGCUUGCAUGGCCCCUAGGAUUUACAGAACUAACUGUGACUGCCAGCGAACUUGUGAAGACAUUGUAACACCAUGCGCAACACCACCACCUAAUGCGACGUGUGAGUAUGGCUGUUUCUGUGAAGAAGGAAUGGUGGCAGCUUCAGUGAACAAUGCUGAUUGUGUCCUGGAAGAGGAAUGCUUUCCUGUAUGUGAAUACAACAAUCAAACAUACCAGUAUGGCGAGAAAUAUCAGGAUAUCGAUGAUCCAUGUCUUGAAUAUACCUGCUUAGGUGAUUCAUUAGCAACAAGCAGGUUUGAGUGUAGCUUGCCAUGUGAGUGGAACGAAUAUCCCACAGACUGCUGUAUUGAAUGUCAAAGUGUUACGACACCUAAAGAUCAUACAGAAAAGGCUUGUAUUUUUGCUGGUCAGAAGUAUCAGGUUGGAACUAUAAUUCAGACGGAUUUUGCCAUUCCAUGCAUGGUUAUGAAAUGUAAUGAUGAUGGCAUUCUUGUGUUCGUGAAUGAAGUAUAUGACUGCACAGCUGGCUGUCAGGAUGGCGUUGACUACCCACAUCAAUGCUGUGAUGAGUGCAAAACCGUGGAAACCACUACUGUUACUACCGUUCCACCAACUACAACGGCAGCUCCAGAAACAACUACACCAUCAACAACAUCUGCAGAGGCUACAACUACUGUUGUACCAGUUUCUACAACAACACCAGGUGAUAUUGGCGAUGCAGAUGUAGGAACUACGCGUUCAAGACCUAGACAAACAGAAACUACAACGGCAGCUCCAGAAACAACCACCCAAUCAACAACACCUGAAGGCAUUACGACUAGUCCAACACCACCCAGGACAACAACAGUUCCUACAACGACAGUGACUUUAACAGCCUGCCACGAGGAUUGUCACGUCACCUUCACAUGCUACGACCAAUGGAGUGCGAGCCAAUCGGGGGAUGCGCCGUGGGAAGGUCCCGCUGAAUGCCGCCAUAUGUUUGGAAGUAAAUACAGACCACAGUGCAAAUGCCAAGAGGGUUAUAUUAAGGAUGACAUAAGUUAUGGCAAUGCCAUGCAAAUCACCAUGAAACUUGGGAGAGUUCAUAACACUGGUUUAUGCGUCAAGCCUCUUGAAGGAGAAUGUAUGUUUUGUGAGCAUGAAUUCAUCCCGUAUGCGCCGAAUGGUUACUACAGGGAGAAUUGUGAGGUAUGCACAUGCAAGGAGAAUACCACUUCCCAACUAUUCUACUUUGAAUGUGUACCUACUGAUGAUGCUACAUGCGUAAGAGAUACAACCAGUUCUCCAACUGAGAGUUAUUCAACUCGGACCCCCACAACUGAGUUAAGUCCAACAACAUCAGUGAAAGUACCUCGUACCACAACUCCUGUAACCACCAGUACAUCGUUGCCAUGUAGCGAGGAGUGUCAUGUAACAUUCAGUUGUGAGGAUCAGGCAGCUGUCAUGGACACACCCUUCGUAUCACCCUGGACUGCUUUACCUCAGUGCAAGACCUCUUUCUGGGAAGAGGAUUUAAAGUGCAGUUGCAAGGCUGGCUUUGUGAAAGACGACACUAGGUCAGCGAGGCGGGAGGUCAUAAUGGGAUACUUAGGCAAUGUUUAUGAGACUCAAAUGUGUGUUGAACCCCUGGUUGGUGAAUGUUACUUCUGUGAGCAUGAUUCGAUUAAUAUUCAGCCCGGAGGUUACUACAAGGAAAAUUGUGAAAAGUGCACUUGCACGAAGAACAUAACCAGCGGGGAAUAUUACUUUGAUUGUGAGCCAAGUGACGGCCCUACCUGCAUAAAUAGGACCACUUCCACUGCCGGUCAUAUUGCUUCUACUACACUCCAUCCAACAUCAAGUUUCUCCACAUCUCGUGAGUCUUUCCUUCCAUCCGUCAUACUGGAUGCAUUAAACAGGGAUAUGAUGUUUUUUGCUUUUUUGUUGUUGCUGUCAUGGCGUUGAUGCCAUUCUUUAGUACCCCAUCCCCGGCCAGUAUUUCACUCAGAAAAAUCUUAUUUUCAAUCAAUUAUAUAAAUCAAAGUUAUGACCAAUGGCUAAACUUGUACAUUAUGAGCCCCUGGUAUUUUUGUCUCACCUGCGAAGCAGAGUGAGACUAUAGGCGCCGCUUUUCCGACGGCGGCAGCAGCGACGGCAGCGUCAACACCAAAUCUUAAUCGAAGGCUAAGUUUUUGAAAUGACAGCAUAACUUAGAAAGUAUAUGGACCUAGUCAUGAAACUUGACCAUAAGGUUAAUGAAGUAUUACUGAACAUCCUGCCUCAGUGAGUUUCAGGUCACAUGACCAAGGUCAAAGGUUAUUUAGGAUCAAUGAACUUAGACCAUGUUGGGGGAAUCAACAUCAAAUCUUAAUCUUAGGUUAAGUUUUUGAAAUGACAUCAUAACUUAAAAAAGUAUAUGGACCUAGUUCAUGAAACUUAGACAUAAGGUUAAUCAAGUAUCACUUAACAUCUUGUGCGAGUUUCAGGUCACGUGAUCAAGGUCAAAGGUCAUUUAAGGUCAACGAACAAAAAAUCAGCACUGCUGCUAUAUUGAAUCGUGCGAUACAGGUGAGACUGCCAGAGGCGCUCCACUUGUUUAUAAAUUCCAUUUGCUGUUUUUUUUUAAAACCCUAAAAGGACUAGGCUAUUUGAGAUGUAUUGAGGACUGGCCCCCACCCCCUUCUGAUCUCGGCCGUUGUUCGCGCGAUUGCACCAAAAUUUGGCACGCACAUUCUUUUCCACAUAAACUACAAACCAGUACACAAAAAAAAAAUGAAAACAAUUAUUUUUUAUUUAUUAUGAAUAAAAUAUGCAAAUUAAUUCGUGAAAAACAUUAUUUGCAUAUUUUACACCCAAUUUCACUUCAAAUUUUUUUUUUUUUUCCAGAUGUCAUCUUUUUUAUCUAAUUUAAAGGUUUCCACAUAGAAAAAUUGCAAAAGUGAAUUUUUUCCUUAUGUAUUUAUUUGUUUUUUUAAUUUCUUAUGUAUUUGUGUUUCUUCAUCUUUUGUUGUUCAUUGUUUUUUUCAAUGGAAAUUAUUACAGACCAUUUAAGAACUAAAUUAAACCCUAAAUUAAUUAAGCAGACC